AUGGCCACUACCCCGCUCCGCAUCGGCUACGUGCCGGAGCACUUCUCGACGCCCCUCCACUUCGCCAAGCAGUACUUCGGCCUCGACGCCACCCUGAUCCCCUUUCCCUCCGGGACGGGCCACAUGAUCACCGCCAUCCGCGGCGACGAGAUCGAUGUUGCCAUCGGCCUGACAGAGGGCUGGAUCGCCGGCCUCGGCAAGGAGGACGCCCCCGGCGACGGCGGCUACCGCCUCGUCGGCACUUACGUCGACACGCCGCUGUGCUGGGCCAUCUCGACUGGUGCUCAGCGCCCCGAGAUCGCCUCCGUCGCCUCCCUCAAGGGCGGCAAGAUCGGCGUCUCGCGCAUCGGCUCCGGCAGCCAGAUCAUGGGCUUCGUCCUCGCCGACCAGCACGGCUGGCUUGCCCCGGAUGCGGGCGCGCCCUUCUCGGAGACGGUCAUCCUCAACACCUUUGAGAACCUGCGCAACGCCGUCAACUCGGGCGCGGCCGACUUCUUCAUGUGGGAGCACUUCACCUCGAAGCGCUACUACGACUCGGGCGAGAUCCGCCGCGUCGGCGAGAUCUACACGCCCUGGAGCAGCUGGAAGAUCGUCGCGUCGACGGCGCUGGCCGGCGGCGAGGCCGGGCUGGACGCGCGCGUGAGGGACCUGUUCGAGAAGCUCGACAAGGGCGUGCGGCACUUCAACAAGAACCAGGACGAGGCCGUCAAGUACAUCAGCACGCACCUGGACUACUCCGAGGCCGACGCGCGGGAGUGGCUCAAGACGGUCAAGUUCACCGACGGCGUCGAGGGCGUGAAGCCCGAGGUCGUGGACAAGACCGUCGCCAUCCUGCGCAAGGCUGGCGUGCUGGUCGAGGGCAAGGGGAGACAGGCGGAGGACAUGGUGGUCAGGGGCUGA